AUGAACGAUGCAAGACUCGACGAUGAAAUCAAUUGGGCUGUUUCCUUUCCUCUCCCUUUCCGCGUCAUGGUCUUGGUCGGACUGGGCAUUUUAGGAUGGGCAACGAAUCUCCAUGGCCUCAACAUGUUUGGCGUGGACGCCAUCAGUACGAUGGAGCUCCGUGUGGAUCCCAGCCAGCAGCCGAUUUCAUUACGAAUAGCAGGCAUGCAGCUAACGACACCCUCUUCAAUUUAUGGCCCCGUCUACCGCCUGGCUUUGGCGUAUUUUUCCUGGUGUCUGACAUCUUGGGCAUUGUUUCGCUAUCUGACAUAUGGGAACGCGGUGUUGACCGACGUCUUCGCGUAUAUACCGGGAGUGGCAACACUGAUCAUUUUGUUCGUUCUCAUUUGCCCUUUUCAUAUCUUUCACAAACGAGAGCGGGACAAAUUUUUGUUGUCUAUUCGGCGAUGCGUUUCAUCCUCGAUGGAUAGUCCUGUGUAUUUCGCAGAUGUUGUGUUCGCCGAUGUCUUUACGUCGUUUGCCAAGGUCUUGGGCGACGUCUGGUUAUGCAUGCGCAUGUUGUCUCCAGGAAACAGUGUUCUAGUUCCGCCAAGAGAAGAUGGGUGGCUUCGAUGGGUUAUGCCUGCAAUUAUGAGCCUUCCGUAUCUAGUACGCUUUCGACAAUGCAUAAUUGAGUAUUCGUCCCCUACAAACGAAAGUCAUCGACCCCUCUACAAUGCGGCAAAAUAUGCAACGUCUUUCCCGGUUAUUUUUUUGUCGGCCGCCCAACGGAUAGUAGUGACGGAACUGGAGCAAAAAAAGGGUGAUGAGGUCACACAAGUCGCCUGGCAUGGUGAACAUCCACUUUUCCGCCUGUGGUUGCUCUUUGCUGCCAUCAAUUCUCUGUAUUCUUUUUGGUGGGAUAUCACCAACGAUUGGGGAUUAGAAUUGCUCAAACCAACGGCGAUGGGCGAUACUCAUAAUCGACGGCGCCUGCCUCGCCAUUUGAUGCUCCCACAUCUACACUCCGGAAGACCCCUUGUGGCACGAGAGAUAGAGUCUCCUGCGGAACUACAUCAUCAGAGUGCAAGUCAACCUUAUCCUUAUGGACUUCGUCCUACAAUACUGUAUCCUUUAUCCGUAUACCCUCUUCUAAUAUUCCUCAAUCUUGUACUUCGAUUAACUUGGUCGAUCAAGUUGUCCAGCCACCUUCACUCAAAAAGCGACGGAAGCAUUACCAUAUUUUGCUUGGAAAUCGCGGAAAUCAUUCGUAGAUGGAUGUGGGUAUUUGUUCGGGUGGAAUGGGAAACCAUUAAGAUGUCGGAGCAGGACAUGGGUAGCGAAGGCGACUACGAGUUGGUGCAAAGCGCGGAUGCUGAGGAAUUAACGUGA